CUGGCCAACUGUCAUGAUGCUGUGGAGAGAAAAUGCUGGCAUUUUGUUGUUGAUUUCACAGCAUUUAGCAUGAAGCAAAACUAUAGAAAGAAAAGAGUAUAGGCCUGACUAUAGACAAUAUCCAUUGGGUGAUAAAACAUUUAGUCUUCGAAUUAAAAGCAAAAGAUUGGCAGAUAGUUUUGCUCUGCACCAUUCCUUUUUGCACAAUUUGCUACACCUUUCAUUUUUAUAGUAGGCUACAAAAUAUGGCCGAAUGUAUUAUCUGGAUUUAUAAUCUGUAUCCAAGAGGUUUCAAUAAGUAAGUAGGCUAACCUAACAUCUAUCCUACAUCUAGGCCUAUGUCAUCACCAGAUCAUGAAUGGUUGAUAUGUAUGCAUGUGAUUGUGUCUAAGUGAACCUUAUUGUUUCAGUUAACGUAAUCACAAUGAGUAGACUACUGUAUUUAUCAGUCUUUCAGAAGAUUUUUGUUUCUUAUCGGACAUGAGUGGUUUUCCCCAAAAAAUGUGCGGUGUUUUGAAGAUAGUGACGCUAUCGAUGUUGCGUGUAAUGAUAACAGUGGAGGGACUGAAAUCCUCAAAUGACUGCUGCUCAAGGCGUGAACCUGGAGCCAGGCAGACAGCCAACCUCGUCUGUUCAUUUGCAUCUCGCCCAGUUUGUUGGUGACUGCUUGACUGCUGUUACUGAAAACUCGACUGUAGCCUACCGGAGUUUAGCACUAUAACAUAUUUCAUAGGCUAUAUGUAAAUGAUGUGUCUGUGGAUUAUAGUAUUUAUGUCGUUAUGCUACGCACUGGCAGGACAAGGAUUUCGGCAACCAUCUGUGCAGGGGUGUUGUAAGGAUGGGAGGGAACGUGCUCAAGAGCGCCAAGACUGUACACUUCUCCCUGUAAUAUCCAGGCUCACCAGCUGCAGGAUUGCCCAAGAGCAGUGCUGCGUGGCAGCCAUGGAGGACCUGUUUUGCAGCAAAGGCACACACCAGGCUACAACAUAUGAAACCUGUGAGAUGGAUUUCUUUAGUGGAAAUGAUGUGGAAAGAAGAAUUGCCAAGACAUGCUGUGACUGUUGCAUGCUGGGUAUUGAGGCUAGCCGAGAGGCCCAAAGCUGUUACCUAAGCAUUUCUGUUAACAAGCACUGUCAGCAGGUAGCUAAAAACUGCUGUGUGAAGCUGGACAACACCCCCAGCCAAGAAGAUGUAAAUGAAUGUCUGGUUGGCUCCUCGACUUGCCAGCAGGGGGAGCAAUGUAUCAACACAGAGGGCUCGUUCCGCUGCCAGAGAAUGGCUAGCUGUGGGACAGGCUAUGAGCUCACAGAUUCCAAUCUGUGCAAAGAUAUUGAUGAGUGCUUGACUGGAACCCACAACUGCGGUCCUGAGUUUCGGUGUGAGAAUAAACCAGGGUCCUUCAGCUGUCUACCCCACUCACGGUGUGAGAAGGGAUACUUACAGGAUGCUGUGGGAAACUGCAUUGACAUAAAUGAGUGUGUGACUCUGGAGAGCCCCUGUCAGCCAGGUCAGACGUGUGUUAACACAUUGGGCUCCUAUACCUGUGAGAGGCACAGAGUGACAUGCUCACGUGGCUAUCACCUAAAUGAAGAUGGCAGUCGGUGCUUAGAUGUUGAUGAGUGCAAGAGCUCCCAGCCCUCCUGUGAAGGUCAUGGCUGUGUGAACCUGCUGGGCUCUUUCCGUUGCGAGUGCCAACCAGGCUUUAUAUUUAACAGCAUCAACAAAGUAUGCGAAGAUAUUAAUGAGUGCAGGCACUAUCCAGGACAGCUUUGUGCACACAAAUGUGAAAACACCCCUGGGUCCUACCAGUGCAGUUGUGAUACAGGAUUCAGGCUGGACAGUGAUGGCAGGAACUGCAAGGAUGUGAACGAGUGUGAAAACAAUCCCUGCAACCAGGAAUGUGCUAAUGUCUAUGGCUCCUAUCAAUGCUACUGUCGUCUUGGCUACCAGCUUAGUGACUCUGAUGGGGUUACAUGUGAAGAUGUGAAUGAGUGUGUCCUAACCCCUGGAGGGAAGGUCUGUUCCUAUCAGUGUUCAAACACAAUGGGAAGUUUUGAAUGCUCAUGCCCUGCCACAGGCUACACCCUGGCACCAAAUGGCCGAUCAUGUCAAGACGUUGAUGAGUGUGCAACUGGAACACACACAUGCCAUGCUAGCGAGACCUGCUUCAAUAUACAGGGUGGUUUCCGUUGCCUGUCCUUUGAGUGUCCUCCAAACUUCCGCCGCAUUGCUGAAAACCGCUGCGAGCUCUUACCUUGCAGAGGGCCGCGCGAGUGCCUAUCUCUCCCCUUGAGAAUCUCCUUCUACAACCUCACGUUUCCUACCUACCUCUCAGUACCUGCUGACGUCUUCCGAAUGGGACCCUCUAAUUCCACACCUGAGGACAACAUCCAACUUGCCAUUGUAGCAGGCAACGAGGAGGGCUACUUCAGUGCUCAGAAACAGGGCUAUGGGGGGGUAAUAUCCCUGCAGAGGACUCUGACCCAGCCAAGGGAUUUCCUGCUCAGUGUAGAGAUGAGGCUGACACGCUAUAGCACUGCCAGCCUCUAUCUGGCCAAGAUCGCUGUGUUUGUUACUCAUGGGCAACCUGUCCCACCCAUCAGGCUGCCAUAGUGAGAGAACAGCAAGUGUAUGUUUUAGCAUAGUCUUGAUGGCAAGGAAUACUAUGUGGCCUUGUGAAUGCUUGAUGCCUGAUGAUACUCUAAAUAAUUGUGCUGUAUGAUUACUUCCAGAGGUGGAGCAUAGAAAAUAUUCCCUUAUGCAAUCGAUUUUCUUGACAGAUGUUUUGAGUUUCAAAUGUUGCUGUCUGUCCUAAUGCUUGUUAUAAUGAUUAAAGUUCCUUUUGAGACAUGUC